GCCCGGCGGGCAGCGGGCCCGGCGCGCAGCGCGAGGGGCACCCGAGAGACAUCUCGGCCUCUGCAGGCUUGGCCCUCAUUUUUCCGCGCAGAGGGCUGGGUCGCCGCACGAACUCCCGGGACUCAAGCCGCGUCCCGGCCCAGCCCGGGGCCGACAAGUGGAGCUGCUUCUCCCCGGGCCCGGCAGCAGGAAAGGCGGCCGGCUGCUGUCCAACGCGCACCGGCCUCGCUCAGCGCUCGGCUCCCCAGCUGCGGGGCAGCCGCUCCCCCCGCGCCUCCGGCCGCCCUGUCGGGCCCAUCUGGGUCACGUUUCCCGAGCCCGGACAGCGCUUCCCGGGUUCUCCAAGGUUCUAGCGCCCGUACCUGCCCGGCGGGAUCGGGGAGGGAAAUAAGAGAAAAGUUCCAGGACAAGUCUGAACAUCUUUACCAUGGCUUCAGCACCUCCUCAUGAAAAACAUGCUAAAACUCCACACUUGGCACCAGAUAAACAGAGCCUGUUGUUUUGUCCCAAAUCAAAGGUCCACAUUCACCGAGGAGAGAUCUCAAAGAUCAUCCGUGAAUGUAAAGAAGAGAGUUUCUGGAAAAGAGCUCUCCCUUUGUCCUUGGUAGGGAUGCUUGUUACUCAAGGACUAGUCCACAGAGGUUAUUUAGCAUCAAACCCAAGAUUUGGAUCUUUGCCAAAAGUGGCAAUUGCCGGCAUCUUGGGAUUUGGCUUGGGAAAGUUGUCAUACAUAGGAGCGUGCCAGAACAAAUUUCACACCAUAGAAUUUGAACUCCGUGGGGCAGGUUUUGGUCCAGGCCACAACAGGCACUGCCUUUACACCUGUGAAGACUGCAAAAUAAAGCAUGAAUUGAAUCAGAAGAGCGGGUCACAGGCCUCUGCUUCCUAAAGUGGUACCCGUGCCUUUGAAGCCUUCCCAGACCUUUGAAUUUCUAUGUAUUUCAUGUUUUCUUUGAACCUUCACAUAAAAUAUAUGUACCAGACUGGAAUGAUAUGUAUGCUCCUCUGUGCUUGUCAAUAUGCUUGUCUUAUACAUUUAACCAUGAUAUUAAAUCUUAAUAUAGUGAGAUUCUCAACUUAAGGAUAAAGCUUUUCAUCUGAGUAUUAUGGAGAAGAAAACAGCACUCCUGUUUUUCAGUUUAGGAUAAAGCUUUUCAUCUGAGAAUUGUGGGUUUUCUGCUAUUUUAAAAGCAUGUUGGAUCAGAGUUUAUAAGAGAAGUAAGAUCUUCUCAAGUCUUCCUCAAGUAAUGUUAUCUGACUUCUCUCUAUUGCUCCAGUACUCUGUUGAAUGGGGAAAAUGAGAUAUAAUUAUGUAAAGAAAUGUACUGGGGCUGGGGUGCUAAUAUGGCAGCAGAAGGAAAAGGGCGGGAGGUGCCUUCUAAAAUUUGAGAGCCUGAAUUUUUUUAUGCAAACCAAUGUUUGGAAAAUUAGAGUAUGAAUACUCUAAUUUUGGACUCUGGAGAUGAUUUCAUGGCAAGAUACGAAGGUGAUGCUUUAUAAGUGACUUCUGCCCUUCCUGACUUGAAUUUUUGAAAAUGUUUGUUCUCUUUAAGUAACCUUCAAUGACUUUAUAUCCUAUCCAGCACUUGAGCAGUUAUCUAGCUUAGGAAACUAUUAUUUCAUUGCGCUGCUAAUGGACUGAAUUAGAAAUAAUUUGCAAAAAUAUUUAACAUAUUUCCAAGGAAGUAGUCGAGGUUCUGGGAGAAAUAGUGAAAGAAUCACUUCCUUCCUCCGAGCAUCUUUAGACUUCACAGCUGGUUUCUGGGAGGUAUUUUAGCUUAUGGCCCAGGGCUUUUUGGCUGUGAAAGGUUAAGUUUUUCAUGUUAGUAUCUGUUUUCAUGUCAUAAUGUAUCUUGAAAUCUUGACCACAAAAACAGAAAAACUUUAUUCAGCUUUAAAGAUCUCUUUAAUAGGUAUUUUAGAAAAGAGGAAAAAAUGUCGAAAAGAUAUUUUAAAAAAUUCAAGCAUCUUUAGAUUGUAACCUGUUUUUCAAUAAAUAAAGCUCUCUAAAUCAGAACAUGAA